CCAUCCCAUUGGUUUUAAUGGCGGAGAUAACAAGGCAAAGAUCCAACUCAAACUCCAAACCAAUCCAAAAGCUCUGAUUUUUUUUUUUACGAAAAGUUCCCUUUUUUUUCUCACCUUAUAGUAUUAUUAUUCUUAAGCAAUUUUGAUUCUUUCUCUUCUUUUCGGUUUAGCCAUGGAUACCGAGUUUCUCAGAACCCUAGAUCGUCAGAUUCUUUUGGGUGUCUUCGUCGCUUUCGUCGCCGCCGGUGCUGGUGCUGCUUAUUUUCUCUCAUCCUCCAAGAAACGCAGAGUGUGCUUAGAUCCAGAGAAUUUCAAGGAGUUCAAGCUUGUCAAGAAAGAUCAACUUAGUCACAAUGUGGCCAAGUUCAUCUUUGAACUUCCUACUUCUACCUCUGUCUUGGGUCUUCCCAUUGGACAACACAUCAGUUGCAGGGGAAAGGAUGCCCAAGGAGAAGAUGUUAUUAAGCCAUACACCCCAACAACAUUAGAUUCAGAUGUUGGACGUUUUGAACUUGUCAUUAAGAUGUACCCGCAAGGAAGGAUGUCUCAUCAUUUUAGGGAGAUGCGUGUUGGAGACCAUCUUGCUGUAAAGGGACCUAAGGGUAGGUUCAAGUAUCAACCUGGUCAGUUUAGAGCAUUUGGAAUGCUUGCUGGAGGUUCAGGCAUCACACCUAUGUUCCAGGUUGCUAGAGCAAUUCUAGAAAACCCAACAGACAAGACAAAGGUGCACCUCAUUUAUGCCAAUGUCACAUACGAAGACAUUCUCUUAAGGGAAGAAUUAGAGGGUCUUACCGCCAAUUAUCCUGAUCAAUUCAAAAUCUACUACGUUUUGAACCAGCCUCCGGAAACAUGGGAUGGUGGUGUUGGAUUUGUAUCAAAGGAGAUGAUUCAGACUCAUUGCCCUGCACCUGCAUCUGAUGUUCAGAUCCUAAGAUGCGGGCCACCGCCAAUGAACAAGGCCAUGGCUGCAAAUCUUGAAGCUCUAGGAUACUCUCCGGAAAUGCUGUUCCAGUUCUGAUCUUCAUCUCUGCAUUUGAUUACUCCACAAUGGAACUUAUUUUUCUUAUUAAUAAUUUAGCCCCCAACUAUAAGAGUUUGUGUCUUAAGUCUUAACUGAGUGAGAGUUGUAUUUGUGUUGGAUGCUUUUAUAAACCCUUUGUCGGUUAUGUUGUUUCUUAUCGCAAUUGAAGUAUUAAUUUGAUUGGUUUACGAUUUGGUUGGACA